AUGGAGUGGGGUGUACGCCUUGCCUUAGUAUUGUUGGCUUCAUUGUGUAUUUUACUCGAUGGAAGCCAUUUUCGUGGUGGUAUUAUUUCAUGGCGUCCGUUAAAUAGUACAGUAACGGGUAAUUUUACAACAAUUCUAUUACAUCAAAGAUAUUUUUGGUAUAGAUUAUGGGGCAGUUUUUCUGCACCUUACUGUAGGGAACUAGAUGUCGCUAACGGAAAAAAUAUCACCGUACCAGGUGCUAAUUUGAUCUGUUUAGCAAAUUGCGCAACUUCUCCUGGCUUUUCAGCAAUUUCAGCCAUUAUGAUCACUUCAGAUUGUGAUAAUUCAACGAUCAUUCAAUCAUGGGGUGGUGAACUUUACACUCCUUUGACACUACCUUUGACAACAGACAUUACAAUUGGCUUUAACUCAAGUGCAUGGUUGAAUCAACUCUUUAAAGGUAAUGGUAGUGGUUGGUCAAUUGUCAAUCGACUGAAUCUAGCUGUGAGACCUGAUGGUUAUAUCAAUUCCAGUCCUGUUACAACUACAUUACCAUGUAUACUUUACCAAAGAAAUGUAUCAAUAACUCAUGUUGUGCAAAUGUCAGAUAACGAUUAUGGUGAUUAUUUGCUAUGCCGUUGGUCCAAUUCGAAUCAAACAUAUAAUUACGACAAAGUUAAUGAAUGUGGAGGUGUCUGUAGUGCAAUGCCCAAUGGCACCAAACUCUUCGGAUCCAAUUGUACGUUGCAAUUCAUUCUACCAAGGGUUAAUAUCUAUUAUGCUGUUGCAUUGCAAAUCGAAGAUUAUUAUACCAGUAGCUCUUUGGUGCCAAUGAGUUCAGUUCCAAUACAAUUCUUAUUCUAUGCAUACGAUUCUCCUGCUAGUGCAUGUGGAACUGCUCCUUCAAUUAUUGGUGUUCGUCCAAAUAGAGCUUGCAUUGGAGUUCCAGUUGGCGUUCAACUCAAUGAAACUAUAGAAGUACAAACAUACUGUCCUGGCCAAACAAUUGUUGAUUUUGUCACUAGUUCACCUAUUGGAAUGACACAUAGUACUAUUAGCAAUCCAAGUACUGGUUUAUGGAUAAUGACAUUGACAUGGACACCCAUAGUAAAUCAAUUAGGUCCUCAAGGUUUUUGUGCUGGUGCAGUUGAUAAUAGUAUUCUACAAUCAACUCCAUGGUGUAUUACAUAUCUAGUUGGCUAUGACUCACCGAAUUUAAUUCUUCCUGUAUUGGUACAAGGAUCAGCAAGUCCAAUAGGUACUGUCUUUUCAAACCAGUCGUUGUUUUCCAUACAAGCAACAACUACAGUUGGUCGUCCUUCUCGUAAUACAACAAAUGUCUGUUUUCACUAUGACUCUACAAAUGCAACAGUUUUCUGUUAUGAUGCUGGAUAUUCUCCAAAUGUUAUUUAUACUGGAUAUACUAUUGUAAUUGUUACAAAUUAUACAUGGACACCUGGUCAAUCCUAUUAUGUAACAAUGGAUAAUGGAUUUGCUAGUGGAAGUGUCUUUUGUCAUGCUGAAUCGUUAGCCAUUACUGAUAAAACAUUUUGGCGAUUCGAUAUCUGGAAUCCAGCACAUUCGAGUACAACCACAACAACUACUACUCCACCAACAACGCACACAGUUACAAGCCUAGGAACAACUACUACUUCAAUCAAUACUGCAUGUACAACAAGUGGAAUAGUAGUAACUAGUACCAAUGCUUCUACGACAACAACAACUGCCAGUACCACACCUCCAACUACAGCUGGUCCAACAACAGCAGGCCCAACUACCACAGGUACAACAACUGAAUCAACUAUUCCUGUUUUCUAUCCGGUGGAUUUUGAAAAUGCAUGUAAACAACCAGUUGCAAUUAUGUCAGCUGUUAUGAUGGUUGCUUUUAUGCCUAUACAGGCUCUGGCAAUGUAUGCUGCUUUCACAAAAUUCUCGAAUAUACACAAACCAUCAAACAUUGCUGCAAAAAAAAGACAUCAACAACGAAUGAGAAAUAUUCUUGGACCUAAAACCACAUUUACACGUGUCUCCAAUUUUUGA